UAGGGGUUGCCCCUUCCUCCCCACCGGCGCCAUGGCCGCCACCACGAGCUGUCGCCGCGUCGCCCUCGGCGGUUUGGCUGUUGGCGGCGGGGCCGCGGCGCGAUGGCGGCGGCUACUGGUGCCGGACGGCUGCGUGCGGCGGCUGCCGGGGCCCGGGCCCUGCCGCACCGUGACGGUGGAUGUGGGGGACAGAAAGAUGGAACUGUCUUCUGGAAAGCUUGCGAGGUUUGCUGACGGAUCUGCCGUUGUUCAGCUAGGUGACACAGCUGUAAUGGUCACAGCAGUCAGUAAAACUAAGCCUUCUGCAUCUCAGUUUAUGCCAUUAGUGGUUGACUACCGUCAGAAAGCUGCUGCAGCAGGAAGAAUUCCUACAAACUAUUUAAGAAGAGAACUUGGUUCCACUGAUAAAGAAAUUCUUACAAGCAGAGUAAUAGAUCGGUCAAUCAGACCACUCUUCCCAGUGGGCUACUUUUACGAUACACAGAUCCUUUGUAAUCUUUUAGCAGUAGAUGGUGUCAAUGACCCUGAUGUUCUGGCAAUUAAUGGAGCUUCUGCAGCACUUGCAUUAUCUGAUAUCCCAUGGAAUGGUCCUAUUGGUGCAGUAAGGGUAGGACUGGUUGAUGGAGAAACUGUCAUCAAUCCAACUCGAAAACAGAUGUCUUCUAGUACUUUAAAUUUAGUUGUUGCUGGAGCUCAGCAAAAUCAAGUUGUUAUGUUGGAAGCAACUGCCGAGAAUAUAUUGCAACAAGACUUCUGUCAUGCCAUCAAAGUAGGGGUGAAGCAUACCCAGCAGAUAAUCCAGGGAAUUCAACAACUAGUGAAAGAACGGGGUGUUGUCAAGAGAACUGUUCAGAAGUUAUUUCUUGCUCCUGAAGAGAUUGUGGAAUGUGCAAAUAAACUUGCUUCUAACAAGAUCUAUGCGGUGUUCACAGAUUCUAGCCAUGAUAAAAUUUCUAGAGAUGAAGCAAUUAACAAAAUACGGCUUGAAACAGAAGAACAGUUGAAAGAAAAAUUUCCAGAGGCUGAGCCUUUUGAAAUCAUGGAAUCUUUCAAUGUGGUUUCAAAGGAUAUUUUUAGAAAUCUUGCUCUGAAUGAAUAUAGAAGGUGUGAUGGGAGAGAUUUGACUUCGCUCAGAGAUAUUAAAUGUGAAGUGAACAUGUUUAAAAUGCUUCAUGGAUCAGCCUUAUUUCAGAGAGGUCAAACACAGGUUCUCUGUACAGUUACGUUUGACUCUAUAGAAUCAAGCGUAAAAUCAGAUCUUAUCUCAACAGCAGUGAGUGGAAUAAAAGAUAAAAACUUCAUGCUGCAUUAUGAGUUUCCACCUUAUGCAACUAAUGAGAUUGGCAAAGUUACUGGUAUGAACAGAAGAGAACUUGGACAUGGUGCACUGGCAGAAAGAGCUUUGAAACCAAUUAUUCCCCAGGAUUUCCCAUUCACAAUACGAGUUACAUCUGAAGUCUUAGAGUCAAAUGGGUCCUCUUCAAUGGCUUCUGCGUGUGGUGGAAGUUUGGCAUUAAUGGAUGCAGGAGUUCCAGUAUCAAGUGCAGUGGCAGGUGUAGCAAUAGGUCUCAUUACCAAAUGCAGUCUGGAAAAAGGAGAUAUUGAGGACUAUCGUUUGCUGACAGACAUUCUGGGAAUUGAAGAUUACUAUGGUGAUAUGGAUUUUAAGAUGGCGGGUACUAAUAAAGGAAUAACUGCCUUGCAGGUUGAUUUAAAACUGCCAGGAAUACCAAUAAAAAUUGUAAUGGAAGCAAUUCAGCAAGCUACAGCUGCGAAGAGGGAGAUUUUACAAAUUAUGAACCAAACGCUGGCAAAACCCAGACCUAACAGAAAAGAAAGUGGACCAGUUGUAGAAACUAUCCAUGUUCCAUUAUCAAAAAGAUUAAGAUUCAUUGGUCCUGGGGCCUAUAAUUUGAAAAAACUUCAAGCACAGACUGGUGUAACUUUAAGUCAGCUGGAUGAAGAGACAUAUUCUGUGUUUGCCCCCACGCCUAGUGCUAUGCAUGAAGCAAGAGAAUUUAUCCACGAAAUCUGCAAAGAUGAUCAAGAAGUUAACUUGGAAUUUGGCGCAGUUUAUACAGCUACAAUAACUGAAAUGAGAGAUUCUGGAGUAAUGGUAAAAUUGUAUCCAAACAUGACUCCAGUGUUACUUCAUAAUUCACAACUUGAUCAAAGAAAGAUUAAGCAUCCUAGUGCCCUGGGAUUAGAAGUUGGACAAGAAAUUCAGGUUAAAUACUUUGGACGUGAUCCAACUGAUGGUAGAAUGAGGCUUUCACGUAAAAUUCUACAGUCACCAGCCACAACUGUUCUUAAAACCCUACCUGACAAAAACAGUGUUGUCCUGGGAGGUACUGUUCCACAGUCAUCUACUUCAUCCCAGUGACAAGAAAAAAGCAUGGUAGUUCAUCAAAAUACAAGUGACCUUUGCUAGAAUCUGUUGAUGUCUUCGCAAUAAUCUACAGAUGGAUGGUAGUGAACCAUAUUUUUAGAAUGCUUAAAGGUGAUGUGGAACUUGAAAGUCUUUGAAUUGAUUAAAAACUCUUAAAAUAAAACCAGAAACAACCAAUGCUCUUGUGUAGCAAGGGUGAGAUGAGAAUCUAAGAAAGUGGAAUGGUAUAGACGGAAAAGCAGAUUAAUUUCAGUGCUUAAGAUUCUUCUCACUAUCAUGUCAAAAUAAAAAUGUAAAGAUGAGAAGCCAGUAUUUAACAAUUAUUUCCUAGAAGGAAUUAUCCUGUAUACUUGCUUGAGUGGCACACUUGGCCAAAGUUUUACGGGCUUUUGAGUGUACAGGAUCUUAUGUUUUGCUCAACAUUUCAGACUUCAGAGAUACCACCUUUAACACGUUCAACACUUUUUUUAGAUAAAUACAUUGAUAACUGUCAUAGGGUUCAGACUUGCUAAAAUACCUGAGCAGAAGAGGGACAAAAAAAAGUACCUGGCUGAAACAUCGUCAUUUACUAUCUGGGUUCAUUAACACUGAAUUUUAAAAUAUAUAGAUAAAAAUAAUUGUUUUGGCAUAAACAAUUGAUGUGAUAAAUCUUCCCCCUAAGACAGCCUCAUUAAGACUGUCAGAAUUCCUCUAUCGUUUACGUUCCAUCAGUGGGUUCACUGGUUUGUUUUAGACUUCAAAACGUUUCCCAGAGGCUCGUGAGAACUACUUGUUUUUCUGCUGUGAGGUACAGACUAAAAAUCAAAGAGGUGUCCCUUCUGAUGUUCACCAAUUUGUAUGCAGACCUAAUAAGAAAAGUGGCUUCCCACGUGAUGGCAAGUGUGCUCUGAACCUCCUGAAAGCAAAAAAACAAAGCGCUGGGGAGAAGAAAAAUGUGAAUGUAUGGUAAAAAUUACUCUUUUUAAACUAAGUUAAAAUAUUAAAGAAGAAAGAAAUGA